AUCAGUCUAAAUCAUGUUUUACCAUCUCAACAGAUGUUUGUAUACAACAAAGUAAACAUAACAAUCAAAAAAGCACUAAAACUUUAACAUUUUAGUUACCGUCUGCUGCUUACACUGAACCUUAUUUAAUGUUCCUCCCUGUUAGAGAAAAACACUGAGACAAAGGAACAUCGAGCGGUUGCAUCAUGAUUGAGAGCGACAGAGAGCUGUCGUCCAUCAUGCAGGAGCUGUGGGACAGUGAUGUGAACAGAUUCCAACCCGGAAAGGACUACAGGAUCUCUCUGCAGGGCAAAGCUGCUCACAGCAUGCCGUUGGAGGACCUUAAUGAUGGAGCAGGAUCUCCUCUGUUUACAUUUGUCGAUGAGAACCUUUUCAAAAAGGAGACUUUCUUAGCCUUUAUUUCCCUCUUGGAUAACUAUGUGAGUGACACCGGCGAGCCAGAAAUUGUAACCCCUGAGGAGGUGGCAGAGAACCACAAAUUCCUGAACUGCAUCAUGCAGUCACCCACCAUGAAGAUCGCUCACAAAUACCUGGUGGAGAAAAACCUGUCUCCAAAGAAUGAGACCAAAUUCAAGGAGCAGCUGUACAGGAUCUGGUUUGAACUUUAUGCGAGGAAAGGAGCCAGCAAGCCAGACUCCUCUGGAUUUGAACAUGUGUUUGUUGGAGAGACAAGAGGAGGUCGGACUGUCAUCGGCUUUCACAACUGGAUCCAGCUUUACCUACAAGAGAAGAUGGGACACGUUGACUACAAAGGCUACAGCGUUGAUGCACAUUCACCCCAGCCCGAUGAGAACAAACACAUCCUGGCGCUACAGUUCAGCUGGAAGGAUGGUAUAAAGCCAAAGGGGAGCAUCUUCGUUGGUGUCAGUCCUGAGUUCGAGAUUGCUCUCUACACUGUCUGUUUCCUAUCCUCGCCCAACGAGCGUGUCAAAGUCCAGUUCAGUUUUUAUGACGUGGAGAUUGUUUGCCACCACUACAACGAAAAGCACAUUGGCACUACUUAUCCUGUGCUCCUUAAGUACCGAAAACCUACUCAGUAACUUGACUAGAAGUUAAUCUGAGAUAAACUUCUC